AUGGGCGGGCGUGUCCCGGGGCUCACCUGGCACUGCCCAGCUCACCUGGCCGGUGUCAGGUUCCGCUGGGACUCGGCUGCGUUCCGUGAUCACCAGCAGCGGAAAAUACCUCUGGACAUCUCCGUCUGCUGCUGCUGGGAAGAAGAAAUGGAGCAAGUCAAGAAGUUCUGGUUUCUCUUUCUCCUGGUGGAUUUUUUAAUUUCAUUCCACGCUACGGAGGCAAUUUCUGUGCUGGCCUCUCUCAGUUUAUUCUAUUUCAACAGCACCAGCAACAGGACUGUGUUUGAGCGCUGUGAAUGUGGCCUGUAUGGCUUUAAUUCUCCUUACAUCGGCGCUCAGGGGGUGGUGGGCAUUCCAGUGCCUGAUGCUGAUCCUUAUGCCUGCGACAGAAACACUGCCUUCACUGUCAUGGAAGCACCGUGGAUAGCUCUGAUUGAAAGAGGCAAUUGCAGUUUUGCUGAAAAAAUUCAGGUGGCGACCAGAAGGGGAGCAGCAGCGGCCGUGAUCUACAACUCACGGGGCAGAGGCAACAACACCCUCCUGAUGGCACACCAGGGUGCUGAGAAGAUUGUGGCAAUCAUGAUUGGCAACCUGAAGGGCAUGGAGAUCCUGCGGCGGAUCCAGAGCGGCCUGAGGGUCUCCAUGGUCAUCGAAGUGGGCAAAAAGCGCAGCCUGUCCAUGAACAUCUUCACCAUCCUCUUCAUCUCUGUGUCCUUCUUUGUGGUGGCAGCAGCAACUGUGGGCUGCUAUGUCUCUUACUCUGCCCGGAGGCUCAUCAUGGCCAGGGCCCAGUCCAGGGAGCAGCGGCGGCUGAGGGCCAGGGCCAAGAAGGCCAUUGAGCAGAUGCAGCUGCGCACCCUGAAGGAAGGGGACAAGGAAACUGGUCCAGAUGGAGAUUCCUGUGUCGUGUGCUUUGAGCAGUACAAGCCAAAUGAUGUGAUGCGUGUUCUGACUUGCAACCAUGUCUUCCACAAGACCUGCAUUGACCCCUGGCUUCUGGAGCACGGGACGUGUCCUCUGUGCAAAUGUGACAUCCUCAAAGUGCUGGGUGUUGAGAUGGAUGUAGAACCACGCUCUGAGCCUGUGCAAGCCUCAGGAUCCAGUGGCCAAAGACCUCUAUCCACUGUCACUAUAGUUAAUGAAGAGGACAACCUUAGUGAAACAGCAUCAUCUGGAUAUGAUUCUGUGCAGGGACCAGAUGAAUCUGCUCAGGAGGCACAGGCACCAUCAGAAAGUGACAACACACAUCCUGUGAGUGAAGAACCCCAGCCCUCCACUGUGACUGUCCUUUCACAUGGUGACAACCCUGGUUUUGAGGGAGAUGAAACACAAGUUUCUGAAAGCAGAGUUGUUCAUGAAGCCACGUCCUAAGAACAUGCCCAGCCACGUGGUGCAAGCCUUCUGCAAGGAGCUGCCUACUGCCAUUCCAUAUUAA